UGGGGAAGGGAGAGAGAGAGAGACUAAACGAGACAAAAGGAAGCAGAAACAGUCCUGGGUCAAAAGAGGAAGACCAAGGAGUAGACAGGCUAAGAAAUGGCAUUGCUCCUGUGGCUGGGCUCCCAGCUGGCAUUCUGCUGGAGCAACAUCUCUGUGCUGGCAAUUUUUCUCACAGUCUUUACUUUCCUGCUGGACUUGAUGAAGCGCAGGAGGACGUCGCGCCUGUACCCGCCGGGGCCAGUGUCGCUGCCAUUCAUCGGGACCAUACUGCACGUCGACUUCAAGAACACUCCUCACUCCUUCCGCCAGCUUCAGCAGAAGUUUGGAAACGUCUUCAGUCUCCAGAACUUCUGGAACAAUGUGGUAGUACUGAACGGAUACAAAGCAGUGAAGGAAGCCCUGGUCACCAGAGCAGAGGACUACGCUGACCGGCCGUACGUUCCAGUCUAUGAACAUAUGGGCUAUGGAAAAAAUUCUCAGGGGAUUGUUAUGGCAAGAUACGGGCACAUCUGGAAGGAGUUAAGGAAAUUCACGCUCUCUACCUUGAGGAACUUUGGGAUGGGAAAGGAAUCCUUGGAGAAGCGAGUGGUGGAGGAAGCGAGAUUUCUGUGCUCUGCAGUUAACUCUGAAGAAGGUCGUCCUUUCGAUUUACGUUUCCUUGUAAAUAAUGCAGUCUGCAACGUGAUCUGCACCACUGUCUAUGGAGAGCGUUUCAACUACGGUGACGAGACGUUCAAGAAGCUGUUACAUCUGUUUGACCAAUUCUUGCAGGAAGAAACCGGACUCCUGACUCAGUUUCUUAACUCAGUGCCCAUUUUUUUGCACAUCCCCGGAUUGGCAGACAAAGUCUUUCCAGGGCAAAAGUCGUUCAUGGAGUUCAUAGAUGUGCUCAUAGAAAGGCACAUGAAGACCUGGAACCCUGCUUACACCCGAGAUUUCACUGAUGCCUUUGUAAAGGAAAUGAAGAAGGGUAAGGAGGCUGAAGAGAGAGGUUUCACCUAUAACAACCUUCGUUUGGUGACUGCAGACUUGUUUGGAGCGGGUACUGAGACCACUGCUACCACUCUCCGGUGGGCAAUUCUGUACAUGGUUCUCCAUCCAGAAAUACAGAGUAAGGUCCAAGCAGAGAUUGAUAACGUGAUUGGCAGAGAGACAGAACCCAGCAUAAAGGACCAGGCGAGCAUGCCCUACACCAAUGCUGUGAUCCAUGAGGUGCAGCGCUGCGGGGAUAUCGUUCCAACGGGAGUACUUCACAUGACAUACCGGGACACCGAGCUGCAAGGCUUCUUUAUUCCCAAGGGGACGACAAUCAUCACCAACCUGUCUUCUGUGCUGAAGGAUGAGUCAUUCUGGGAGAAGCCACAUGAGUUUUACCCUGAACACUUCCUGGAUGCAAAGGGGCAGUUUGUGAAACGAGAGGCCUUCCUGCCUUUCUCAGCAGGUCGUCGCGUCUGCCUGGGGGAACAGCUGGCCAGGAUGGAGCUCUUUCUUUUCUUUACCAGUCUGCUGCAGAAAUUCACCUUUGUCCUACCUGAGGACCAGCCCAGGCCACGGACAGAUGGCCACUUUUCCUUCACAAACUCCCCACACCCAUACCUGGUGCGAGCUGUCCCAAGAUAAGUACACGGCACGUCACUUUCACCCUGGAUCUUGGCUCAGCCAGCCAUAGCAAGUUACAAAUGAUGAUGGAGCUUGCAAGUAGAUCUAUGCCUAAUUUGACGGCUCUGCUGUACUUUAGUCUCACAUUGGUUGCAGAAGCAUUUCACUGAGCACACAGCUACUGAAAGAAUUAUUAGUCCUGAAUUAGUUGCUUUUUACAGGAGGCUUACAAGAGUAUCCCAGGUAAAAGCCAGCCCUGGGGUCUUGGCCAUUCCAGGAGCAAAAAAAACCAACCUUGGAAAUGAUCUGUCAGUACCCCUGGCCCCCUUGUUAGUCCCAUUGCAUCCCCAGGCACGCUCGGCCUCCUAUGCGGUGCC